AUGUUGGUUGUCACGAGGAUAGUUUGGGAAGCAUGUCUACUGUUGACCCUUAUUGGUAGCGAGUCGUGGUGGCAUUCCACAUCCAACCUUGCGCAUGCCUUUGCUCCUUCCAUCAUGCAGCCGCACAGAACAUCCCGUGCUGGUGGAAUCAUCCUCCACUCGAGUACUAAGAAUGAGGAGGUGAUGACCGCAGAGUCUAGUACAUUCAAUCCAGAAAACUUGGAACCAACCCUGGAAUUGUUACAAGGAUGGACGGAAGAAUAUUUCCAAGCUGUGGAUGCCGCGGGAGGAAUCACUGAGGUGGCUGGCUUUGAACACUUUUAUUCGGAAGACUACGUCCAAUCGGGGCCCACCAUUGGCCCAGUCAACAAGAGGGAUUAUCUGAAUGCGCUCGCCUACUAUGGACGAGAGGGUCUUAAUCUUGGAGCAGCUAUUCCUGAUCUAACAGCAGACUUUGAUGGCUGGCAUUUGGAUCCGCAUUAUCCUUGGCGAGUUUGGGUCGUCGCACGGUACCGAGGCACCCAUGUAAAUGCUGCCAAGCUCCCAGGUUCGGGUGCUGAAUUGAAACCUCAGGAUCCACCGAAAGCCUUUUACAAUGGACCCGAAAUGUACUCCUUCUUAUGGACACCUUCAAAACAGAUUCAAUGGAUGUCGGUAGGAUAUGUCGGAGACAAAUUCACUGGAGACAAUCUAGGAUAUGGUGCUCUAGUCGGCCUCCUCAUUCCCAUGGGUGUGCCCAAAGCAGCGAUUGAUCUUCUCGCUCCUUUGCUUAGUCUGCAGGUUUGGCUAUCGCAAUUUAAUGACGGAGUGGAGAAACCCCGGACUCUCACUCCGUAUUCUCAGCUUCCACCAUGGUGGAAGCAGCGCAAAAAGUAUGGAUUGAAUAUCAAGCAAUAG